GAAAUUCCGUCUAUGGAACGACGUAAAACUUCCCAUCUAUGGCACGAUGUAAAACCCGCCUUCGACAAGUCUCAUUGGCAACCAAUUUGCUACUGGAAGUGUUCUGCACGACCUAUGAAAAACGCGUCCUGGGUCGAGCCGGGAAUAUUCAACCAUUCAACUGUUCUGCUGUUAUAUUCUAGUCAUGUUCUCUGAACAGACUUCGACAAUCAUUACUGGCAACCAAUUUGCUACUGGAAGUGUUCUGCACGACCUAUGAAAAACGUAUCCUGGGCCGAGCCAGUGGAUGUCAAAUCUUCUUUUCAUUACAUCUCAGUCACUUUCUCCAGAUAUACUCCGACACGGCCACUUGGGUUCUGUUUAGAGUUUCAAACAAAUCCUCUAAACUACCUGAGGCUGAGGACCAGUCCGUUCAAUUUGACAUAGUUCUUCUGUUUUUCAUCAAUCUUCAUCAAUCAUUCUUCAUUUACAUCACUUCGAGUUUAUUGUUCAACGGUAAUUUCACUUUAAUUGGCAAUAAAACUUGACACGCGGUGAGAAACCCACGUCAAUCAUAAUGUCUUCGCUUGCAGGUGGAUCGGAGCCGCAGAAGCCAAGUGAAGGAACUUCGCAAGCUCAUUCCAAAACUCCACAGGACAAGAAAUUCCAGCACAACAAGCACCAGCACAACAAGCAACAGAACAAGAAGCCCAGAGACAGGACAAAGAAGCCAAGACAUCCGGCAGUGUUACUAAAGAGAAAGCUUAAAAACGAAGCUUUUUAUGCUAGAAAAGCUGCCGAAGCUGAAGCCAAAAGAAAGACGGAGGAAGAAGCUGAUGAACACCUAGUGGCUCAGAAUAAUAAUCCUGAUGAGAUGGACUUGGGUGAGCCUAAUACUAGUGAGCAUGCUGGAAACAAUACUCAAAUUAAGAACAAGCAACCGGAGAUAAUCGACCUUGUAUCCAGUGAUGACGAAAGCUUAGAGAUCAAGAAGGAACACCAACAGCCUUCCAGAGUUUCUACUUCUUCUGGUUUCGCGAAUCGCCUAGCGUCUUUACCUACAAAAUCGACGAAGUCCUCAGUCCUCUUACCUGGCAGACUCACUAAAUUUAUUCCCUUGACAAUCAUACCAGGAAAGCCUCCCAUCUUAGCUUCGUUCGCGUCACCAAGAGUUUCUUCUGCGAGUUCAUUAGCUAACACCAGGAGCUUGUCUUCUGGUAAACCAAAUCGACCUACUGUUGAAAUUGAUCAAUUACUUGGAAACCAAGCGAAAGGAGCAGCCUCAAACACUUUAUCUGGUCCAAUGUCCGCUUAUAGAACUAUUUAUGCACCUAUCAACCCCUUGAGUUUCAAAGCAAUCUCACAAUCUGCUCAAGAACUUUUCAAGCAUCGAAUUCUUGUCGAUGAAACUUUCGCUUGGGCUAACAACAGAUUCACGAAUGUUCCUACUCCCCUUGAGAUUGAUGAUAGCAUAAAGCAUGCUAUAGCAAAGAAAUAUAGGCAAUCAGACGACGAGUUCUACUGCAAGGCUUCUUACCUUGAAGAAAACGCAGAAAUGCUCCACAAGGUUGCGAUUAUCUUCGAAGUCAAUUCCGCACUAAAUGGUGAAUCUUGCCUUCAAACCAAGUUAGCUACACGUUCUCCACAACAUUUGAGAUGUGAAUUCAACUGCAAGUAUCCAUUUCUUCACCGACACGACAAAAAAUGGGUCAUGUAUUUUCAUGUUGCGAUUUAUUAUGGUGUACAACUACAUCUAAACCGACUCGAUAUCAACGAAGUAGCAUGGUUGCUCGAAAAUCUCAGCAUUUCGCACCUAUGCGGAACAGAACAUUGUCUCGUCGCUACACACUUGAUUCCCGAGAUAUUUAGUCAUAGUUGGGAUAGGAGAGCUUGUCACGAAAUCGAUUUUACAAAACCUUGUUAUCAUCUGCCAACUUGUCUUGUGGGUCAAAGAGUCAAUAAUCGCCUGAUUCAAUUCCGAGUUCCAGAUCCACGUCCUGAAACUUGGUUCAAUGUUUAUAAUGACGAUUAUUACGAGGCUCCUGAUGAAUUCAAAGACUUUCUUUAUCCUAUCAUUGAAGAUAUCCCAGAUAGAUGGUGGAAUCAUGCUCCUCAUUCCAUCGCUCAACAAGAUUCUCGUCCUGGUCCAGCCAUUCAACCAAAUUCUCGUCCCAAUCUCCAAGUAGCAGUACGAAGAACUGGACAUGCGGGUUUUGUUCCUGAUUCAGCCUUACACCAGCCAGAACAAGUAUCUCAACAUACAGGUUCCAUUCCUGGUCCCGUCAAUCAACAGUCAAGAGGCGUGGAUAUCGAAUUAAAUCUUGAGAGUGUUUUACGUCAUACCCAAAGUUAUGUUACCAUCAAACGUGAUGAAUAUGAGCAAAAUUUUGUAAUGUUCGAUGUUCGAGGAAAACGUUGGUCAACUUUUGAUGCUUUCAAUGCCGAUACAAAUAUCCUUCCCACGGCGGACUAUUUGCCUUACAAUUGCUUGAAGUGCAAGGAAAAUCCGUGGCAUUUGUCACGAAGAGCACUUGUAGCUCAUUAUAGAUCUGCGCACCAGUUCGAGCUGAUAUUCUCAAAGAAUAGCUUCUCCCAAGCCUCGACUAAUAUUCUUCCAUAUCGAUGUCAACUUUGCAAGAAUAUGUACUCCGAUAGAAAUGUUCUCAAGCAACAUGUUGUAUCUAAACAUUUCUGCGCAAAUGGCGAGAUUCGCAUGUGAUGUUAAGUAUAUUAUCAUCAAAGUCUUUCACUUCUAGCUCAUUCAAUUUUGGGCUGCAAUUUGCUGGUAUCUAAACGAGAAUGGACGACAAUGAACAAGAAGAUGAUGUGUGGUGGUUCUAGCUUUCAUGGUGUUUUCAUAUUCUUUCUCUUCUUUUGUAGCCCAUAGGGUUUAAAUUUCUUAGCUUUACUAUAACAAAUCAAAAAUACAAUGAGCUUGACCGGCA